AUGAUUCCUCUUCAGAAACUGGAUUUCUCACACCUGGAGGAAAUGUUCAAAUUAUCACCUGUAAAUAACAAUAACCUGAUGGAGAAUGGUAAUCGAUUAGAAGUAUCCAGUUCGACGUCGGUGAUUGGUCAGCACAGCCCUGGAUCGACUGGUAGCGGACCUACGAAGAAGAACUCGCUGUUGGAUACGAAACGAUUGCAGAACGUUGCAAUUACUCGUCGUAAACUGGCGCUCGAACCUCGUGAAAUAAUGGCUGCUGUUCACCAGAUGGAUUUGGACACGUUGUCUGCUGAUAAAGUAGACAUUUUAUCAAGAAUCCUACCUAAUGAUGAGGAAAGAAAACUGUAUGCGGAACGAGGAGACGAUGAGGGGCUUAGUGAUGAGGACCGAUUCAUGGCGGCAUUGUGCGAGAUUGAACGCCUCGAGCAUAAACUGAGCGUGAUGCGUGUGAUGGCCGACUUCGAUGAGAGCGUUGCGUUACUGGAACCGCUGUGCCUAAUUUUAGUUCAAUGGGAUAGUGUCCUGUCCGAUAUGAAGGAGUUGGAAGCAGGUUUCGAAACGGCCAGAAAGGAGCGAGCGCUCAAACGCGACAACUGCCCUACGGCUCUUGCUGAGUUCCUGAAAACGCACGAUGAACGUAUGAAACAGCUUCAGGAACACGCUAAACUUGCUGUGUAA